UCGUUCUCGAAGCUCACACACCACAAAGUACGUGAACCUUGAUGGCCUCAUAGAAAUAGGCAACUUUUAUCACAUAACUUCUAAUAGUAAUUCUUAUUCUUUACUUGCUGUAACAUAUCCCCUUAUCGCCGUCACUCUGUGCUUGGUCACUUUAGGAGACCGUGCCAAGUCAGAGCCUAGGUGUUCACUUCAUCUCUUGCUUUGCGUCCCAUUUCAUCGAACAUCUUAACCAACCGCUUUCAUCCACGCAACACGCAUUCGGAAAUCCGGUUCAUACAGCCACUACUAUCUUAAAAAAAUCCUUCAGAUCAAUAGCCUCAAGAGGCCACACACAAUCGGAGACAAUGAGCGACGACUGGGAGGAUCGCUCCCCCUCCAACCAAACCUCCAGAUCACCACUUCUCCCGACGAAUACAACCUCAUCCGUUCCAAACAACCCAUCCUCAACAUCCCCCCUCCUCCAACCCUCCCUCCACCUCACAGUCAGAUUCAGUGCCUCCCUCCCCGACCUCCACCUCGACAUCCCCUCCCCCAACCGCACCACCAUCGUCGCUCUCAAGCACCGCAUCCGCGAGCGCCUCCUAUCCUCCAGCAAAGAUGACGAAACCACCGCCAAAGCGGCCCGGAGCCGUCUCCGCUUCAUCCACGCCGGCAAGAUCCUUCCCGACACCGCCAUCGUGAGCUACGUCCUUCGACCGCCUCCCCCGCCGCCCAUGGCCGUCGACGCCAAGGGCAAGGGGAAAGCCGUCGAUCGUCAGCAACAACGGGUCUACGUAAACUGCAGUAUAGGCGACGAACUCACAGACGAAGAAUUAGCCACCGAAGCGGCCGCCGCUUCUUUUGUCCCCGCCCCUGUAGGAGGACCCAUUGAUUCAACCCUCACUGGCACCGGUACCGCCGGCGCCGGUAAAAGCAGCCGCUCCACCUGCCUCCAACCCUCCUCCUCCUCUUUAGCAGCAGGAGGAGAAACUCGAUCCCGACUAUCAGCCAGGGAAGCAACGACGACAACAGACCGCAACACCCCCCGCGGCUUCGACCGCUUCCUCACCGCGGGCUUCACGCCCGCAGAAGUGAACCAGCUCCGUCUACAAUUCACCUCCAUCCAAGCCUCCCGCUUCACACCCGACACCAUGCCCUCGCCCGACACUCUACGAUCAAUGGAAGACGCAUGGAUAGAUACCAAUCACGCCGGAGCCGGUGGACCCGGUCUCGGCAUGGAGGCCGAUGACGGCAACGGGAUGGUUCCGGAACCAAUAGGUGCCGAAACGGAUGGGUUCAACGGCAUGGUUGAUACGCUCGUCAAGGGCAUGUUCAUUGGGUUUGUGUUUCCCUUGGGGGCUAUUGCUUGGUUGUUGAGGGAGGAGGGCAUGUUGUCGAAGCGGUGGCGGGUUUCUAUUGCGUUUGGGGUAGUGUUUGGGUUUGGGAUUGGGGUGUUGAGGGCGUUUUCGGCUGAUCCGUAGGGGAGUCAGAGUUAGGAUCCGUUGGUGAGGCGGGCUGGAAACGUGGUUGGGGAUAUGGCGCGCUGGGUCGGAGCGUGGGAGUUCUGCCGGUUCGUGGUUGCGUUUGGUAUCUUGUCUUGGUCUAUCUAUAGACUUGUUGAGGGAGUUCGGUCUUUGGUAGAGGAGGAAUGAUUGGGAUCUAACCAGCCUUUUUUACUUGUAAAUAUCUGUCACAGAACUGGGUUGUUUUUGAGGACGGAGGAGGUUGACGGGAAACGAAAAGCGAGAUACAGCGGUUUGCUUUGGGGGUAUAUGUUUCGGAGAAAAUACCCUUAUUGACCUUAUGAGCAGUCGCUUGAGGCAAAUGUAUAACUUAAGAAACGCGGAGCAUAAUUGAACAAUUAACCACUUCGUGCCCACACGGCAAA